CUCCGCGGGGGGUGAGGGCGGGACGGACCGCAAGCCGGGCGCCAGCUGAGGCGGGGACACAGGUGGGCGUGGGGUCCUGGUCUCCGGUGCCACCCACUGGCGGGUAUCCUGUCUGGUUCAUGGCACUGGGUGUGUCCACGGCGCAGGAGCUCCUGGGACGCCGAGUCUGAGCAGCUGAUGGGCCAAGAGGCGGUGCCCCCCUUCUGCUCACCUGAAUGCAGAUUGAGGAUGGAUGGCCGAAGAUCCUUGAGACAGCUUCACUGAAAGGGAGGUGCGGUGUCAGGCCCAGCUGCCCGGUGUUGGCCCCGGGGACACCCCUGGCAUCCAGAUUAGGAUCAUGACGCCUGUGAGCAACCAUGGCGUGGCGGAGAGCAUUUUCGACCUGGACUAUGCUUCCUGGAAGAUUCGCUCGACCCUAGCGGUAGCCGGGUUUGUCUUCUACCUGGGCGUCUUUGUGGUCUGCCACCAGCUGUCCUCCUCCCUGAACGCCACCUACCGCUCUCUGCUGGCCAAAGAGAAGGUCUUCUGGAACCUGGCGGCCACCCGCGCAGUCUUUGGUGUGCAGAGCACGGCAGCCGGCCUGUGGGCUCUGCUGGGGGACCCCGUGCUCCACGCUGACAAGGCGCUGGGGCAGCAGAACUGGUGCUGGUUUCACGUCACCACGGCCACUGGGUUCUUCCUCUUUGAGAAUGUGGCCGUUCACCUGUCCAACCUAUUCUUCCGGACAUUCGACGUGUUCUUGGCUGUCCACCACCUCUUCGCCUUCCUUGGGUUUCUGGGUUCGGCGGUCAACCUCAGAGCCGGCCACUACCUGGCCAUGACCACUUUGCUCUUGGAGAUGAGCACACCUUUCACCUGUGUUUCCUGGAUGCUCCUGAAGGCUGGCUGGUCAGACUCCCUGUUCUGGAAGGUCAACCAGUGGUUAAUGAUCCACAUGUUUCACUGCCGCAUGAUCCUCACCUACCACAUGUGGUGGGUGUGCUUCCAGCACUGGGGUGCCCUGGUCGGCAGCCUGUACCUGCCUCACUUUGCACUCUUUCUCUGUGGGCUGGCCCUGCUCACGCUCAUCCUCAACCCCUACUGGACGCACAAAAAGACCCAGCAGCUUCUUAACCCCGUGGACUGGAACUUCGCGCAGCCCGAAACCAAGGGCGGCAGCAGGCAGGAAAGGACCAAUGGCCAGGUGCCUCUGAAAAAGAGGCUCUAGUGCCCAGAGACCCGGUGGCUCCACAGAGACUGACUUUUACAGAGGAGCUCGUGAAUGAGGUGAAUACUCGUCACGUAGGUGAAUACUAACUUGUUCUUUCGUGUUAGUUCUGAAGUAGCCAUGAAGUAUUGCUGGGACCUUGAUUUGCCUGCAGGAGGUCUUGGCCGACAUGGUCAUCUUCUGAUUCCUCUGGUGUGGGCCUCAGCCAUGCUGUGUCUGCCAGGCCAGGGUCAGGGGAAGGGCCGUGGUGGCCAGGUGUCCAAGCUGCUAAGGAGGCCAGCCUGAGUACUUGAAAGGACCGCAUUAGGAAGGACCCCAUGUGGGUGUGGACGAGUCAGCAUGCUCACAGUCUGUGUGCCUUAUUUGGAAGUUGUUUUUUUUUUUUGGUUUUUCGAGACAGGGUUUCUCUG